AUGUCUCACGGUUGUUUCUACGAACUGACUGAGAAUGGCAAAUCUACUCGGGAAUACCUGCCUCAGAUUGGACUGGAUGCACACGCUGUUAUUCUGGCUUCCAACUCACGGACUGUCAUCACCCAGACCUUUGUGAAUCCGUCGUCCACUGAUGCAAUUUCCGAAGUGUCUUACUCGUUCCCUCUCUAUGAAAACUCCAGUGUCGUUGGCUUCACCUGCCACAUAGCCGAUGCUGUGAUUGAAGGCAGAGUCGAACCAAAGGCGAAAGCGACCGAAAUUUAUGAAGAGGCGAAGUCUAAAGGCAUCUCUGCUGCUGUGAAAUGUUCCCGCAGGAAAACUGCUCUCAUCGAGGUCACCCUGAUCGCAGAAUUGACACAGGAUACUCAGACCAAUGGAACUCGAUAUACAAUCCCUUCCAUUAUUGGACAUCGCUAUGGAGCUGGGAGUGUCCCGGGUCCACCCCAAGGGAAUUGCACAAACACAGCGAUCAAAGUCGACCUGGUGAUGGAAAAGGGUUCGAAUAUCCGCAGCAUACGGUCACCCAGCCAUCCAAUCCAGGUAGACCUGGGAAGAAUAUCGAGCAUGCCCGAGACAUCAUUUGAAUCACACUUUGCCUCUGUCAGGCUUAAUCAAAAAGCGGUCCUUGGCGAGGACUUUGUCAUCACCGUCAACGCAGAUAGUCAAGACAUCCCCCUCGCGCUCUUGGAGACACAUCCAAGUCUUCCAGGUCAGAAGGCUUUGAUGGUAUCCCUGGUACCAAAGUUCACACUUCCCUCAGACCCUUCUGAGAUUGUGUUUGUGAUUGAUCGCAGUGGAAGCAUGCAGGAUAAAAUUCCUACCCUGAGAUCGGCGCUGGAAUUAUUCCUCAAAUCCCUCCCGCUAGGUGUCCCGUUCAACAUUGUAUCAUUUGGCUCUGAUCACGAGCUCAUGUGGCCGCGAAGCAAAAUGAGCAGCACGGAGACCUUAGGAUAUGCCCUUGAGUAUACCAAACGCGUGGAAGCCAAUAUGGGAGGAACAGAGAUUCUGGGUGGUCUGCAGGCAGCUGCCAAGAACCGGUAUCAAGACCAGAGUCUCGAAGUGCUUCUCCUCACGGACGGGCAGGCUUGGGACCAGACUAGGAUUUUCGAAUUUGUCAGUAAAGAAAACCGGGAUCAUUCUGCACGGUUCUUCACUCUCGGCAUUGGCAAUUCCGUAUCCCACGCUUUGAUCAAUGGCAUCUCCAGAGCGGGAAAGGGAUUCUCCCAAGCGAUCCUCAAAAACGAAGACCUCAACAAAACUGUAAUUCGAAUGUUGAAGGGUGCCUUGAUGUCGCGACUUCACAACGCCAGACUGGAUUUGAAUAUUCCUGGGCUUGGUGAAAAAUUUGUGCACAUCGAGAUGCCCAUCAAGGACGAGAAUCAAAUGGAAGUUCCACCAGUGCCAAUCUCCCUAGUGGGCCAAGGAUGUGAAAAAGAGGAAAUUGAAGAUUUGCGUGAAGGCCUUCCAGAACUUGCUGUUCCGAACAUUCUUCAAGCCCCUGCUGACCUUCCGGCUCUCUUUCCUUUCAUUCGCUCCAACAUCUAUAUCCUGCUCUCCCAUGAACAUACUUUCCCUGCAGCAAUUACUCUCCGUGCGAGUAGUAAGUAUGGGCCUUUGGAACUAGAAAUUCCCGUUCAGGAUGUUGGCGAGGGGAAAACAAUUCAUCAGAUUGCAGUCAAAAAAAUUGUUACCGAGCUUGAGGAGUCCCACGGCUGGAUCAAUUCGGCAAAAGACUCCAAGGGAGAACUAAUCACAAGCAAAUGGGAGAGUCGGGUCGACGAGCUAAACCGAAAGGAAUGCGAGCGACUAGGUGUCAUAUUCCAAGUUGCAGGAAAACACUGUUCAUUCGUGGCGGUGGACAAAGAGAUCCCGACAGAGAGUGAAGUGUCCCCAGAGGUCUCAACUGUAUGGAAUUAUACCGAUUCUGACAUCUUGAAAUUUGGGAACCUUCAGGUUGACCAAAGGAUGAUUGACAGAAGAAUGCUGACAGCUGAAACCCAGAUGCCCGUGAAGAAAAAGAAAGCCAAGAAGACAAAUUCUAGGAUCACGGCGCCUGCAGUAUCUUCCGAUGUAGCUGUAGAUGCAUCGGAUAGUGAGGGAAGUAUCACCGGCUAUGCCCUAUUUCCGGCUUCUUCCUUCGGUGGACCCCCGCAAGGGUCUAUGAGCCCAGGAUUCUCUCCUACGAGCCCAGGAUUCUCUCCUACAAGCCCAGGCUAUUCUCCUACGAGCCCAAGCUUUUCUCCUACGAGCCCAAGUUUUUCUCCUACGAGCCCAGGAUUCUCUCCUACGAGCCCAGGAUUCUCUCCUACGAGCCCAAGCUUUUCUCCCACGAGACCAGGCUAUUCUCCUACGAGCCCAGGCUUCUCUCCUACGACUCCCAGACAUUCUCCAAGUCAUCUCCAUUUGAACGGCGCCUCCGGUGGCGAAGAAGACGACGGAAAAAAAGAUUUAUUGAAACUCCCGCCCUUGGAUAGGAUGAUUAGUCUACAGAACUUUGCAGGCUAUUGGGAAAUGAGCGAAAUGUUUCUUCAAACCGUGGGUUAUGGCCCUGCCACAUUCCACGCUGAUUUACAGAGUCACUACAAGACCUUGACCAAAGGAAUCAAAGCGGACGAAGUCGCCAGGCUGGAGCAGUGGGGGGAUUUGAUUGCUACAUCUGCCGCGCGCCUCUUCCUAGAAGAGAAAGAGGCUCACUCGAAAGAUGUUUGGGAGCUCAUGAAGGAGAAAGCAGACGGUUGGGUGCAGGCUCAAUUGGAUAUACUGAGCUCCAUGGAUCGACAAGUUGUGACGGCACUCAUUGAGGGUCUACCCAAUUUCGAAUUGCUUGAUCUUCCCUCUUGA